AUGGAGUCGUUUAAUGAUCUGCAGGAAGACAUAAGGACUAAAAUGCUAAAAGUUAAGACUAAUUUUAAAAAGUCUCCUAAGGAUCGUUUGACGGUUGCUUAUAUUGAAACCAGGCUAGAUAACUUGGAACAACAGUGGACUUUGUUUACAGACACUCAUGCUAAAAUUAUAAGCCAGGUUAAGCGAGCUGAUUUGUAUAGUUCAGAUUAUCACAAAAAUAGUGUGUAUGAUGAUGUAGAAGAAUUAUAUGUUCAAUUCAAAACUGAGUUAAAAGAAAUGUUGUAUAAAUUAAAAGCGCCUGAGUUAGAAGUAAAGUUAAGUUCAAAUAGUCAAGGUGAGAGUUCAGCAAGACGUUUCAAGUUGCCGGAAAUUAAAAUACCUACCUUUUCCGGUAAAUACACAGAGUGGCAGACAUUCAGAGAUUUGUUUUUAGGGCUUGUGCAUGAAAACAAGUCACUGGAUGAUGCCCAAAGAUUUUAUUAUUUAAGGGGACAUUUAACCGGGGAAGCCGAACAACUGUUACGCAAUAUUAAGGUGACGUCGGAUAGUUAUCAAGUUGCCUGGGAGAAAUUAGAUAGCAUGUAUAAUAAUAAAAGGUUUUUGGCGAACGGCAUCUUGAAGCGUCUACUAAGUCAAAAAAGUUUGGUGUCUGAAUCAGCAUCGGAAAUUAAAAACUUAAUUUGUACAACUUCAGAUUGUUUAGACUCAAUAAAAAAUAUUGGUGUGGAUGUUUCAUCUUGGGAUAUCCUGAUUAUCCACAUUAUAAGCGCUAAAUUAGAUAAGGACACGCGAAAAGCAUGGGAGUUAAAGGUAUCUUCAGAUCCGAGUGACGAAUUACCCACGUUUCAAGAUUUUUCCAAUUUUUUAAUAGGGCGUUUUAGAGGUCUAGAAAAUAUCGAUUUUAAGGUACAUCACAGUGAGAAAAAAUUUACUAAAUCUUUUCACGUGGUUAAAAAUAAACCGAUUGUAUCGUGUGCGUAUUGCAAUGCGGAUCAUAAGAUAACUACGUGCAAAAGAUUUGGGAAAGAAAGUAAUGAGAAACGCCGUGAGUUCGUGUUAGAUAAAAACUUAUGUUUUAUUUGUUUAAAUAGCAACCAUUCCGCUAAACUAUGUAAAAAUAUUGUCCGAUGCCAGGUGUGUAAACGUCGACAUCAUUCUCUAUUACAUCCCAGUGGUGAUUCUGGUUCUGGUAGUGCUGAAGUUGGGGCGAUUCAUCAAUCAACCUCGUCGACCAGUCGAAGGUCAACGGAUGAGGAUACUGCCGCAAGCAGUGAUAAGUUAUCUGUUCCAGCAGAAUGUUUAGAUAAAACACUUGUGUCUUGUUUUUCGACAGGAAACUGUUCUAAAACGGUUUUAUUGACUACAGCUGUGGUGCAAGCUGAGUCGAAGGACGGGACUCAUUUCCCAGUUAGGGCUUUAUUGGAUCAGGGGUCGCAAGGUUCUUUUAUUACCGAGGCUAUGGUGCAGCGCUUAGGUUUAAAAAGGCUUGCGGUCAAAAACACCAUAGUUGGUGUAGGGGGAGACAAAAGUGUGACUUCCAAGUCCACAGUCAAAAUCAAUUUAAGGUCGAGAGUUGAUCCUAGGUUUCAAGUGAAGGUUAAUGCGUAUGUCUUGAAGUCGGUUACGUCUCUUCUCCCAGUUGCGAAGGCAACUAGGGUAGAAUGGGAAAACCUGACUCUGGAUGAUCUGGCUGAUCCCGAGUAUCACACGCCUAAUAAGAUUGAUAUCUUAUUAGGUGCGGAGAUAUUCAGUCAGAUUAUUCAAGAAGGCAUUAAAAGAAACUUCAACGGAUCUCUCUUGGCGCAGGAUACUGCUUUUGGUUGGAUAAUAUCUGGCGUCUGUGAGGUAGACAGCACGUCAAAUAUCCAUUCUCACAUAACUGUGAUGCAUUCGUAUCUGGAACUGGACAAUAUGCUGAAGAGGUUUUGGGAACUUGAAGCCGAACCACCUGUAACAAAAAGAAUGCUCACAGAUGAGGAAAUUAAAUGUGAGAAAUUAUUUAAGGAUACUACGAAACGGGAUGGAGAUGGUCGGUUCAUCGUAAAACUGCCGUUUCGUACGGCUAACCCGGACUGCAUGCGUGGUGAGUUCAGGAAAAUAGCUGAAAAAAGAUUGAGAAAUUUAGAAUUUAAAUUGCAAAAGAACAUUAGGUUAAAAGAGGAUUAUAUACAAGUUAUAAGGGAGUAUUUAAACUUAAAUCAUAUGGUAAAAGUUACAGAUAAAGAUAAAUUUAAGGAAACAGCUAUUUACUUACCACACCACGCAGUAGUCCGAGAAGAUAAGGAUACUACUAAAGUACGAGUAGUGUUUGAUGCCUCCUGUAAGGGAAGCAAUGGGAAGUCAUUAAAUGAUGAUUUAUUGAUCGGACCGCCACUGCAAGCCGAACUACGUCAUAUAAUUAUGCGCUGGAGACAAUAUAAGAUAUGUUUGGUGGCGGAUGUGGUGAAAAUGUACCGACAAGUGCUGGUAAAUCGGGAAGAUACUCCAUUUCAGAGGAUUCUUUGGAGAGAUAGUCCUGAAAAGGAGCUUCAAGAGUUUGAAUUACUUACCGUGACCUUUGGCACCGCAUGUGCUCCAUAUUUAGCUGUGCGGUCACUGCAAGAGUUAGCCUAUAAGGAGUGUCAGAAUAAGCCAGAAAUCGCUAAAAUUAUUUUGAAUGAUUUUUACAUGGAUGAUGUGAUGACCGGAAGUGAAACCCUAGAACAUGCUUAUAAAAUAUAUAAAGAAUUAACCGAAGUGUUAGCGAAAGGAGGGUUUCCGUUGCAGAAAUGGAAAAGCAAUUCUAAGGAAAUAUUAGCUAAAAUAUGGAAAGCAAAGGGUAAUAAGGAUGAGGAAUUAAGGAUUAAGGUAGAUGAUACAACUAAAAUAUUAGGACUUACCUGGGAUCAGCGUGGUGACUUCUUCCGGUACUCUGUAGAUCUUGCACCACAAGAGGAACCUGUAACAAAAAGGAAAAUUAUAUCUGAUAUAUCCCGAUUAUUUGAUCCACUCGGAUGGUUAGCUCCUUGUAUUAUAGCAGCAAAAAUACUCAUACAAAAGCUUUGGUUAGCUGGUAUUGGGUGGGAUGAGCAAGUUCCUAGUAAUUUAAUAAUUGAAUGGAAUACUUACCGUAAAAAUUUAACUGCCUUACAGAAUAUUAAAAUUCCACGAUGGAUACACACAUGUAAUAAAUAUAAGCGCGAGUUGUACGGGUUUGCUGACGCUUCGAAGGUGGCUUAUGCGGCUGUUGUGUAUCUGCGAGUUGUAGAUGAAGUGGGAAAUGUGUAUGUCUCGUUGGUUACAUCGAAAACAAAAGUAGCUCCCAUAAAGCAGGUGUCUAUCCCUAGACUUGAGCUUUGUGGGGCCGUUCUCUUGGCUAAAUUGAUGAUUGAGGUAGCUGAAGUCAUGAAUGUUGAAAGGAAUCAGUUACAUGCAUUCACUGACAGUGAAGUGGUUUUAGCCUGGCUUAACAAUCACCCAAGUCGAUGGAAGUCCUUCGUGGCUAACCGAGUUUCUGAAAUCCUACAGAUUUUGGAUACACAUCAUUGGUCCCAUGUGACCACUAAGAAGAAUCCUGCUGAUUGUGCAUCACGGGGUAUUUCUCCGGCGGAACUAUCAGAAAUGGCUAUAUGGUUUGAAGGGCCAGAGUUUCUAAAAAAUAAGGUAAUUAGGUGUACAAAACCAAAACACCUGGUUACAAAUCUUGAGCAAGUUAAAGUUCACACAGCGGUCGUUGACACAACUUUGUGGCAAAGGUUUUCUUCAUUCUCGAAGCUUGUUCGUGUAGUCGCCUAUUGUCGUCGAUGGUUAAGGUUAAGAAAAGGUUCAAGUAGCAUGCCAAGUUUAGGAGCAUUGGAGCGACAGGAAAUUGAGGAUGCGAUAAAGGUCUGUAUUAAAAAAUGUCAAGAAGAAGGGUUCUGGGAAGAAUUGGAAGGAUUUCGAAAACACGAUUCAGAAGGUAUAAUUAGAGUCGGCGGCCGGCUAGAAAUGUCUUCGCUGUCAUUUAACGAGAAAUAUCCGAUUCUCAUACCUAAAGAAUCUUUUUUGAGUGGACUCUUAAUUGCUGAUGCUCAUCAAAAAACCCUGCACGGAGGCCCACAACUCAUGAUUACCUAUUUGAGAUCGAAGUAUUGGAUUGUGGGUGCAAAGUCUCUAAUUAAAAAAUACUAUCGUAGCUGUGUAACUUGUACGCGUUACUCAAGCCGGUCCACAUCUCAGCUCAUGGGGCAGUUACCUUCCGCGCGUGUUAAUCCGAAUAAGCCCUUUCUUAUAAGCGGAGUCGAUUACGCAGGGCCUAUUAAUAUAAGAAUUUCAAAAGGUAGGGGUAACAAGUCGUACAAAGGAUAUAUUGCUCUGUUUAUUUGCAUGUCGACCAGAGCCGUCCAUCUUGAAGCUGUUAGCGAGCUGUCCACUCAAGGGUUUAUAGCCGCUUUUAAAAGGUUUGUUGCAAGACGAGGUAGGUGUGCAGAGCUAUACAGCGAUAACGGCACAAAUUUUGUAGGCGCUGCUCGACAGUUACUGUGUCUGUUCAACGAAGAGAAAACUAAUUUUAAACCUGAACUGGCAGAGUAUCUCGCGACCAAUGGAACCAAGUGGAAUUUUAUUCCUCCUCGCGCUCCAAAUUUCGGUGGACUAUGGGAGGCAGGAAUAAAGUCCACAAAGUUCCACCUCAAACGAGUAGUUGGAAACUCUACGUUGACGUAUGAGGAGAUGGCCACAGUGUUAUCUCAAAUAGAGGCAUGUCUGAAUUCGAGGCCAUUGUCUCGUGUAGAGGAUCAAACCGAGGUCGUAGUAUUGACCCCUGGUCAUUUCCUGGUGGGAGAACCACUCAUAGUUGUUCCUGAUGCAAAUUAUGAGUCGUCGAAUAUGUAUACUUUGCGAAGAUGGCAAUUCCACCAGCGAAUGAUGCAGGACUUUUGGCGUCGAUGGUCCCAGGAUUACCUUCAUCAGUUCCUUCAAAGGCAUAAAUGGGAAUAUCAGAACCCGGAACCAUCACUGGGUGAUGUAGUUUUAGUUAAGGAGGAAGAUCUACCCCCGGCGCGAUGGUUGCUAGGUAAAAUCGAGCAAAAACAUCCGGGACCCGAUAAUAUCACGCGGGUAGUCACAAUACGUACCAAAAAUUCUUUAAUUAAAAGACCUACUUCUAAGGUAGCAAUUUUACCUGUAACUAAAUAA